AUGGUGCCAGAUGCAGAUGUGGACAGUACAACUGUUAAAGCAUACAUGAGUAUACUAGAAUGCGACACACCUAAAAGGAAGAAGGGGAAAACCAAAGUAAAAGUGAAAUCAUCGUCCCUGACUAGAGGAGUGAAGAAAACUUUCACCAGAGUGGAGAAGCGAUUAGACGAUUUUGUCUACGUUGAUUUGAUAAAGGGGGCAAAGAAAUCAUCAAAACAAAAGUGGAAUCCGAGUGAAGCACCAUUGAUUCACUUGCUCCCGAGUACCGAUGCAAACCUAUUGCGUCAAAUUGUUGACUAUUCUGACGCAGAUCUCAAUUGCACCGUCUGGACCAGUGAUGUGACGAGAGAAGUUAUACCCCUAGAAGACGUAAUGAAACUCUUGCAAGGAGGGGACGUCUCAAAUUGGAUGAUCGACGGUCUCGCUCGUAUGUUAACAAUCCAGCUGGAAAAAGAUAAGCUUAACCAUGGUAACGUUGCAUAUUUCCCAUGCACCAUCUGGACUAUACUGCACAACGAGAAAAGCGACAUGAGAACAGUUCUGCUCGACGAAAAGCUCCAUCGUGUGUUUGAAAACGUUCGGCAACAUGGGACUACAUAUUAUUGGUACUUGGUAUUCCCUAUGAAUGACAGCGGGGACAAACCGCUAAAAUUUAGUCCGUACCAUUGGACCAUUCUUUUCUUUGAUGUUAGGAAAAAGAAAUGGAUGCACUACAAUUCGUUGAAGAAGAGAGACGGCAGAGAUCCAAUUCUGAAAGACGCUACCUUUGUGAAAAAAUACGUGGAGAACUACAUGAAGGACAGGCAUGCUGAGCUGAAGAACAAAAGUACCGGUACAGAGAUACUCUUUCAAGAACAAAAUUUCGAUGCUCCAAUCUGCUCACCUCAAAAUGCUCCACAACAAGAAAAUACAUCGGUUGAUUGUGGGGUUAUCGUCUGCAUGCUCAUGGAACUAUUGGCGCACCUUGAACCAAUCCCAAAAACACUGACGAAGACAGAAAUUGAUCAGUUUAGAGCUGGUUUAGUCUCUCGAAUUUUGAACGAUGAAGGUAGAAGCUGGACAAUAAAGAAAUGGGAAGCUAGAAGGAUGGGGAAGGGGUCUCAAUGAACGUUUGUGAGAUGGAGAGUGAUAUGAUGGUGAGAUUGUAAUAUGGGGAGUGAGAUGGUGUCCUCGGGACAAAUGUGGUUUUAAU